GGGCUACGUUUGUCAGAUCUUCCCUUAAUAGAUGCCACGUGGAGGAACUCUGCUGGGGUUUUCCUUGCCUCUGUGGGAUUGGUUACGUUUGGCUAGCAGGUCUCAAAAAUACAAAAGCUGUGACAGGGGCUCCUGGCCUGCCCAGGAAAACUGAAGUCUGGCCAGGUGGGAGCUCUGAUCCCCGUGGGGUAUUUCUCCUCGCAGGAAAUGCGUGUUAGCAUGAGGGCAGCUCGUGUUGGGACGGGGACUUUGCAGCUCGGAUCUUUCCCCUGGGCCUGGAUGAGGCGGGGUCUGUAGGUGGAACACGAGCACGUCUGCAGCCAAGGCUUGGGGUGCGCCAGCCUGCAGGAUAAACAGUUGGCUUCAGCCCACGGAGCUCUGGCAGCACAAAGUUCAUGCUGAAAUGUAGAAAUAACCGAUGACAAGGGCAGCCUGCCACGGUUCUCUAUUCAUUUCAUCUCGUAAUGAGACUUAACCCAGCCCUGCUACUAGGGACUGCCAGCAGGGAGGCCCCACACAAAGCCCUCAAUUAUGCUCCACCUGCGUGCCUCCGGCUGGCUCACCAGGUCUGAGGCAGGAGCACCUGGCUGGGCGCUGCUUUGGCCGCAGGGACCACGUUCACGUUUGCAGCUGCGUGCCUAAGUGUCUCGGGCACGGUCGGAGCUCAGGACCAUGCGCAGUCUGCGUGUGGUCCGGAGGCAGAGUUGCAGGAGCGAGGUCCUCAUCUGAAGCGAGGAUGGAGGGCGGGAACAGCACCAGCAGCGCGGUCCCUGCGGACAGGAGGCUCGCAGCCCAAUUCCCAGGUCCGUCCAGGGCGUUUUGGAUCAUCUUGUCCGUUGCCUUGUUUUUUGCAGUCGUUGGCAUCAGCACUGGGGGGAUUCUCGGCUUCUUCCCCAGCUCUGCCCAGGCCGGCUCGCAGGCGGUGCGGCUGACGCUGCAGGGGGAGCGGGACUCGCCGAGGAACCAGACGGCCCUGGUGGACGCGUCCAGGAGCACCGUGACUUACUACGUCACCUCGCGGAGUAACCGCAGCGCCGUCGUGCUGUACGACAGCCAGAACGGCUACGUGUGCUACCGGCCCGCAGAGCAGCGCGCCUGCUACCUGCGCAGGAUGGACCCCGGGGACCGUGAGAGCACGCGGGCGACGCUCAGCACGUCGGAGCUGAGAGGCGAGCCGCUGCUGCAGCGGAAUAACCAGACCAAGUACUACCGGGAGUUCCUGGGCGUUCUGGCGGGGGAACAGGUGGACCCCAGCGGCCUGGGGGAGGCCGUCCAAGCCCUGUGCGAGCAGACGCCUGUCUUCUGGGUCAGGAGAGCGGAGGGUCCGGGGAAGCAGCGGCUGAUCUACCUUUGCAUUGACAUAUGUUUUCCCAGCAACAUCUGCGUGUCUAUCUGCUUCUAUUACCUCCCCGAGUAAGUCCUGCAGCCGCGGAUGCCCUUUCACUGCCCUACGUACUUGAGCUGG